GACAUUUUAAUACUCAGUGUGGCGUUGUGAAUUUGUCGGUACAUGUCGCGGCACAGAAACAUAAGAGCGUUGUGUGAUGAUGAUGUCGAUACUUAUGACGAAGCCUUCGCUAGUUCAGUUGAUGAUGACUAUACAAUAUCCCCGAACACAUCAGAACGAUACAUAUAUAAUCCGGACAGUGUAUUCAAGCAAGACAUAUCAGUAUCUUUAAAGAAUGUCAAACCAUUAAGUUUCACAGCGGAAGAUUUCCCGGAAAAUGAUUCCAAAAACCUUAAACCAGAAGAUUCUCCUGGAGUUGUGUCUGGACGAAUAGGGUCUUGUCAGGCAUUUGAUUUCUCCGCACCAAAAACUAACGAAGUUACGGGUCAAAAUGAUAGCGUGCAUGGCUCUGAUGAGGUGUUUGGCAACAGUGAUCUUUUUGACUCAAGUAAUUUUAAACGUUUGAACACAAGUGUCGUUGGGGAAGAUAACUUAGUGAACAGUACAAUUUCUGUAAAUAAGUCCAAAGUAGAGGAGUUGGAUUUUGAGUUGCUUGAUCGUUUAACUUCACAAUCCUCUUCAGCUCAACAGUCGUUUGAGAAGCCUUUUAAAACCACAGUUAGUGUACAAGAUACCACAAAUCGCCUUAAGUCGAAAUCAACUGACCUUCAUUUUUUGUCGAAAACAACUAACCUUUUUAGCUCCAACUGUAGUAUUUCAAAGUUAGCUGGCAUUACAACUUAUGAUAUUCCGACAAAAAAUAUUAACAGUGCUGGGUGUCUCAUAGGGUAUAAAACUCCUAGUUUCUUUGGCUUGUUGAUGUCAUCGUAUACCGCUGAUAAAUCGAAAGGAUUUGAUGGAAUGUUAUCAAGGUUUUCAAACAUUAUAGUCCGCACCCGUUCACCCAUUUAUAACUACCUAUUCGCACCUCGUACUGUCUCUGGAUUUGUUUUCGAUAUUCCGGAGCCAAAGACUUUUGAACGUGGUGGUUCAAAACUAGCUAGUGUAACGACAAAGCCGUGCAGUCAACGGAAACUCACAGCACAUGCUUUAUGUGUACCUCAAGCACGUCCUACGGAAGGGAUCAAUCAUGCUGAUACAUCAUUAUUAAAUUUAUCUCUUUCUCAGAAAUUGACUAUCUCUAGUCAUUCUGAUGAACGUUCUAACUUCUUACGUACUCCGGGCAAUAAUUCAGCAACUCCUAGUAAACCCAUUGACCGGCAUUCUUUGGUAAACGAAUAUUCUAAAUUGCAUAAAGAGUCAGCAGAAAAAGAGAUUAUUAAUCUUAUCGUUAUGGGACAUGUGGAUGCUGGUAAAAGUACUCUAAUGGGAAAUCUACUUUGUUUGUUGGGACAUGUUUCUAGCAAACAAUUAGCUAAAUACCAAUGGGAUGCACAAAAACUGGGCAAAGCAUCAUUCGCCUAUGCAUGGAUUCUAGAUCAAACUUCAGAGGAAAGAAAUCGUGGCGUUACAAUGGAUAUUGCACAAACUUCAUUUGAAACAAAAUCAAAACGAGUUGCUCUAAUGGAUGCUCCUGGACAUAAGGAUUUUGUUCCACAAGUUAUUGGCGGUGCGACUCAAGCUGAUGCUGCUCUCCUAGUUAUCAAUGCUACUCGGGGUGAAUUUGAAACUGGAAUUGGUGCUGGAGGUCAGACAAGGGAACAUGCUCGAUUGGCUCGUUUAUUAGGAGUUUCUCGUUUAAUUGUCGCUGUAAACAAAAUGGAUACAGUAGAAUGGUGUCAGUCACGAUUCAAUGAAAUUCAGACACAAAUAUCUAGUUUUUUAAAAUCUAUGAAUUUUUCCGGAGUUGUGUAUUGUCCAGUAUCUGGGUUAGUCGGGGCUAACUUAGUACCUCAAAACUUGUCCAAUAGCAGUAAAAAUACGUCAGAGACAGGUUCUAACCUGUUUGCGUGGUAUACGGGACCUUCGUUACUCGAACUUAUCGAUUCAAUUCCAUCACCAGAUAGAACUGUUGACGGACCUUUUCGUUUUGUUGUCAGUGAUAUAUUUAAACCUGCUGGUUCCAGUGUACCAAUGGUUGCUGGACGAGUUAUAUCUGGAGCUAUUUCUAGUGGUGUAAAUAUACCUACAAGUAAAGUUAUUUGUUUGCCAAGUGAUGUACGAACUUGUGUGAAAUCUAUCAGAUCAUUGUGUAAUACUCGUACAGGUCAAAAUGAUGCUGAAGGUGAUCUUGGAGGCAAAUUGUUAGAUCAAGUUGUUAAAUUUGCAUUUGCCGGUGAUCAAGUGGCGUUGAUGUUAACAGACAUUGAUCCAUUUCAAACUCUUAUUCCUGGUGAUUUACUUACUGAUCCAGACAAUCUAAUACAACCAUCCACUUGUAUUUCAGCUAAAUUGUUAGUAUUCUCUAUACAGCAACCUAUUACGAAAGGUUAUCCUGUUAUAUACUAUUAUAAUUGUGCCAAUGUAGCCGCCACUAUUACUAAAUUAAAAUCCAUGACUCGUCGAGAAAACAAAAUGGAAAAAGUUGUUCGAAAACCAAGAUGUCUUCUUGGUAAUUGUACAGCAAAUGUAGAGUUAACAUUUGAAAGACCAAUAUGUAUAGAAGUUUAUGAAAAAUGUAAACCUCUUGGACGAUUUAUGCUUCGUGUUGGCGGUGAAUCAAUUGCUGGUGGUACUGUAACUAAGUUAAUUCCAUCAAAAAAGGAACCAUCUUGUUGAUCUGUAGUACCAAAAAAAUGAUAUUUUUGAAAGAGAAGAAUAGAAAAUGUUCACUUGGAUUGUUUUACUAUUGAACAUUUAAUGCCAGAAUGUCUUUCAUUAUUCAAUGUUAGAAAUAGACUAUUAUUAUUAUUAUUAUAAAUAUUUAACAGUCUUUAUAUUUAUUUAUAUAUUCAACCUUCAAUACUUUUACUGUCCAUUUAUUUUGGAUCUUACAUCAAUGAUACGAUUUCAAUUACAAUAUCAAUGUGAAUGGUGUAGGUUAUUGUAAACAAAAACAAAAAGAAAAACCAAUUAAAGUUUUAUCCAAUUUGUAUUUAUAUUUUAACACAUAGAUAAUGGUACAAGGAGGCACCAAAUACAUAUGCGUCAUACAGAUCUCAUUUGAUAUGUGUGAGAGCUGUGAUACUGUCCGGGUGACCAAACCGAAACAGGUGUUUUUCUUAGGGGACCAUACCAGGAGCCUUAGACAUGAAAGUUUGAUCCACGUAGCUGUGAAGCAUCGUAAGGAGAUGCAAUCCCACAGUAGGCGGUGACCAAUAAUUGGUUCAUACGCCGUUUGUUCCCUCAGGGUACUGGAGCCCAUGUGCACCAGUGGUUUGGAAUCGGAGUUUUCCAACUCCCCUAGGUGAACUCUCCAUGUU